AUGCGGCUUCUGCUAAUCGCAAGCGCGGUCGGACUGUCUCAGCAGCUCGGCGCCGUGCCUGCGAGCACGGCACGCGUCCAGAGGAGCAGGAGCGCGGCGCCACGCGCUGUCGAGGCUCACCGCGGUGCGCUCCGCUCGCGUCUCGUUGGCAUCGGCUCGGCUGCGCCGGACACCGUCGUGACCAACGAGCAGCUCUCGUCUGUGGUCGAGACUUCGGACGACUGGAUCUCCCAGCGGACGGGCAUCCGGCAGCGCCACCUGCUCGCGCCCGGCGAGGGCCUCUCCACGCUCGCGGCGCGGGCGGCGCAAAAAGCGCUCGAGAGCAGCGGCGUGGACGCGGCCUCGGUGGAGCUGGUGGUGCUGGCGACCUCGAGCCCGGACGACCUGUUUGGCGACGCCGCGCACGUCGCGCGCGAGGUUGGCGCCACCGGCGCC